CCCUGUUAUCACGAUUUCUGGGAACAAUUAUCAAUGGCGGGUAAUAAAAACAAUAAUAAUAGUAGUCCGUGGAAAUAAUAAUAAUAAUAAUAUAGUGAGAGUAUGGAGUAUGUGAAAACUAAAAGAUAAGAUGUGCGAAUGUGUACUACUACAGCUGUGUCUUGCAUUAACAGCAAUGACAGCGCUUUGACAUGAGGCUAAAUGCGAUAUCACCGAUUACACUAAAUCCAAUAAAUAUUACGACAACAAUGUAAUUUAAAGUGUCAGAGGCCGGCUAAGAGGAUGGGAAUUAAUUUUAUGAGUAGCUGAGAUCAAUAGAUCAUCAUCAUCUUCAUUAUCAUAAUCAUUACCAUCACCACCACCAUAAUCAUCAACAUUGACUUCAUCUUGCCACAAGCAUCACGAUGGCGGACUACGAGCUGUACAACAGUACAGCCCCAUCCUUUUCGGGGAUCGAGCCGGCAUACUGGAAUUAUUCGGAGCAUGUUAUCCUCGAUGACCUUAAAAUGGACAGCAACUUCAUCUGGUUGCUGUGUUCAUUAGUAUCCGCAAUAUCAUGGGUCAUCUAUAUUACUUAUUACAAUAGUAGAGUUAUUGGAUAUGUUAUCACACGACUGUUAAAUCGAUUUGUUAUAAGAGAUGGAUAUGUGAAAGUUGGAUCCUUUACACUGUGUGCUUUAAGUGGAAAAAUAAUGUUUAGAGAUAUAGUUUAUAUCACGACUGAUUAUAGUUUAAGAAUACAAGACGGUUGGUUAAUAUUUAGAUGGUGGAGAAGUUAUGUUCCCAAAGAUGUGUCUGAAGAUCUUUCACAUUCCGAUACACGUCUUUCGGUCAUGUUAAAUGGAUUUGAGCUUCAUGUAUACAAUCGUUGCGAUUUGUAUGCCCAUUUAGAGAAAACAUUCGGCCUAUCCUCGCAGAUGUUUCCCGAUGACGAUAUCAACCAUACUGUUAAUAUCGAUGAUCGUGAUGGCGAGUCAAUUAAUAACGCGGCCAAUGAAGUACGCCAGCAAAUAAAUGCCAUGGACGUGUCACGGCAUAUGGAAAAUAUACGUAAACAAGAAGCCCAUGUGUUGGCUCGUACAUGGCGUGAUUUAAUACCUGUGAUUAAGUUGGAUAUAUGUACCGGGAGAAUAGUAUUUGGUAAUCGUUUAGUACCAACGACAUUGUCGAUAACUGUCGAGGAAGCGCAUUUUGUUUACUCCACAAAACCAGCGGCGUCGAGACACGAUCAUUUUAUGCAUUUUACUAAAUGCAAGGCUGAAAAUUUCAAAGUUAUUUUAGCGCCAAGUCCUAAAUACACGGGAAUGGUUGAUGACCCGCCGCGUUACAUGGGUGAAGGUUUCGUGGUGCUCAGUUCAAAUAAUAUGGAAGUUUAUUAUUAUAUGGAUGAACCAGGAGUCGUGCCGGAACAUCCAGAGAUGAUUAGAUUAGCAAACGGUGAUAUGGUUGAAGCAAUGCCACCAAUUUGGGGUAUUGAUGUUAAAUGCGGUAAAGGUACAGACUUUAGUUACGGGCCUUGGGCUGAUCGGCAACGAGAACAUUUGUUUAAAUUUUUUUUUCCAAACGAUUAUCAACCGAUGAAAAUAACAAAGUCACCAAGACCCGGUGACAAGCGACAAGUCCAGUCAUUUGAUAUUCGUCUAUCUACUCUCAAUGAAGCCACUGUCGACAUACUGUUCAGUAAAAAUCGCGAAACAAAUGCAGUUCACAUAAAUGUUGGUCCUGGAUCUUAUUUAGAAGUAACUAUGCCAUGGAUUGUUCUUCAAGACGGAUAUACAACUAAAAUAACCGGGCAAUUGUUGCAUCUCGAAGCAACGACGAGUCUUCAGUAUCGUAGUCUUGUUGAAAGUGAAACUCUAGAAUUUGGUAUAAAGUGUCACUAUCCAAUAAGAUGGAAUGAUCAUCAAGAGUGGAUGUUAAAUUUGACUGGAUGCAAAGCUACGGCGAAUUUAGUUUACUCGCAUAAAGAAUUUUUUCAAGAUAUGAUAAAUGACUGGGCAAGUAAAUCACGACCUGAUAUUCUACAUUUUGUUCCUUAUACAUGGAAAUUUAGUUUAUUAUUAAAAGAAUUUGAAUUGAUAACUAUUUGUAAUGAAUAUAAUUGGAUUGACUGUUCAUCGCAAAAUCAAGAGAAUGCACAUAUUGCAUUUUGCGGUGAAAUAUUUGAUCUCUCCUUUGACUUGCCUUUUACGGAGUAUUUACCAGUGACAAUCCCAUUGCGCUUUUGGAUACAAGGUGAGAGUGUUGAUUUGUCAUUUUAUUUACCUGAAGUUAACACAAAUCGUGUAGUAUUGCUAGCCCUAGAUAAAAAUGCUAAAAUAAUAACCCGUGACGGUUCAAGUAAACACAUCGCGGAUUUAUCACGUCUAAAAAAAUGGAGAAAUGUUUGCCAGAAGAGUUUAGGGUGGAUAGAUUGCUGGUCUGUACCAAUAGUUGCUCUCAGUAUUAACUAUACGUAUCAUCCAUGUCCACCUUUGGGUCCAGCACCUCAAGCGAACAUAACAACGCCCGAGAAAGAAGAAAUUCUGCUGUCCCCAAUGAGGAUUCCGCGAUGUAGAAAGUCUCCAGGACUGCGUUGGGCUCAAGACGGCAAUCAGAAAUUCGAUCCGCAGUCAAUUGCACCCGACAAAGUCAGCCUGGAACUGGAAAUCGGCCCAUCAAUGCUCAUCCUCUACGGAUCUCUGAUAAAAAAUUUCCUCCAUCUGAAGGAAAACAUUUUCGGUGACUAUCAGACAUUUACAGACAUGCAGCAAAGCCGACCGUCCGUAAAUAAUCCAACUGACAGAGGUAAAGAUCGUGAUACGCAGAAUAGUAGCGUUGAGGCAUCAGUGGAAGACGAGGAAGCCCGAUCUAAAACAUUUGAUCCCCGAUACUACCGUCCUCUCGAAGUAACCGUCGGUAUAACAAUGCACGAUAUUCAAGCGCAUUUAAUUAAAAACUGCAAUGAAAAUGAUCCUCCGUGUCCUGUCAUUCUCUUAGAGCGUUUUGGCUUUGAAAUGCGUAAGGGAUUCAAGGAAACAGAGCUUCAGCUUUUACUUUCACCCGCGAUAAUGCUCAUCACCGAUAAUGUUGUCAGAUCGAAUAAAGAAAAGCACUUGAGCCAAGGACACUUGAUGCUAAGCGCCCUUCAAGUACGUGGACACGCAAUGUUCAGUAGCGAGGGACGUAGUUUAGAUCAAGAGACCUUGGAGUACGCAUGGUUAAUUGAAGUACAGCUCGGUAAACUUGGUGGGAAAAUUACGUCACCUCAACUGCAUCAUUUAGUAACAUCUUUAGAAACGUUUCUGCUGACAGCCAAAGACACUGAGAAUUUAAUGAGACCACCUGGGCUACCACAUCAUUGUCAUCAUGGCCUACCACCACUGCAGUGUCCUGACAGUGAUCCGGAUAAUCACUACAGGUGUCCCAGCUCAGAAGACAUCAAGUACAGAAUGACACGCGUGGCGAUUGACGCAAUAGAUCUUUAUUUACAGGAAGCUGGCACAGCAACUCAGCUAUGGAUAUCACCGAUUCGCGUGUCUACAUGUAAUUUACACGGACAACAAGUUAAAUCUGGUGUUACUGGCGUAAUGCCAACGAUAUUAACACGUCAAUUUGUCUCGGCUGCGGGACAUUUUGCGAAUACUAGUAACACAAACACAACAGGAAGUGCUAGAUCACAUACUAAUGCAAGCAGCCGAAUGUCUGGUGACGGUUCAGACAUAUGGCUUGAAGUGGGCUCAGUGUCAAUGGGUCCAGUUGUUAUUGAAGCUGCUGUUUCAUUACCUAAGCCCGAGCACAAUCUUCAUAUUAUUCAAAACAAGUAUUUAAAAACUCAUGAUGAAGCUACCAAAAGACUUUGGUUCCUCUGGCCUCAAGAAAGUGGCGUAAAACCCACCAAGUGUGGUUGCAUAGGUGGCUGUACAUUCUUUGGAAGUAAUAAAAAUGGCUCACGAUUUUUCAAACCCAGUUAUCAUGAUCUACAAGAUGGAAUAAAUAUCGCAGCGUACAGAAUAAAUCCAACGGGAAAAGAAAAAGGAUUUGGUCAGUCAAUUUUACAUGACGACCAAUUAGUUUUUCAUACGCCACCUUAUAGUUUACAAGACGUGUCUCUGCAGGAUAUUUACCAACCUGCUCCAGGAUUAAAACUUACAGUUUUUCAAGAAGGCACGCAGUCAUCAAAGCCCAGUGUGGAGAGGUCACGUUCUGCUAUUGACUCGACCACUGAAGACGGAAGCACAAAACUCAGCACGGCAUCAGGAAGUCCUGCAAGUGAUAGAAAACCUCUAGGUAGACGUUUCUCGUAUACAUCAAUUCGAGGAUCAAAUUUAAAAGACGUUCCAUACUCACGUCUUGUUGACGCAAGUCCAAUAACUCAACUACCUCAAAAGUUAGAUUCGGACUCAAAGCUAAACAGUGAACGUAGUAGAUCAAUAUUGAGUGUACCUGAAAUAGAUAGUGCUCCAAAAAGUAGUGUGUCAGACUCAAAGCUUGCAGUGGAUUACUUCAACGCACCUGAGACAGAUAAUUUACAGCAGAGUUGCAGUCCGCAGUCACUGCCGGCUGUAUCAUCUGAGCUGUCACAUGCGUCGAGGCCACCCACCACAGCUAAGAGUGCUGACGGUGUCAAUAUUUCGGACUCACGUCAAUCAUUGUACAGAGGACCUAAAUCCAGCUCUGAGGAACGUCUUAAGCAAGAGGUACAACGAACUAUAUCUAUGUCUUCAGAGAAUCAUUCAGAAGCAUUUUACUCUGCUGAUGAAGACACUAGUCAUGGGUUAGCCGGUAGUCGUACGUCGAGUUUACGACAGUCUAUAGUAAGCGCGGGUCCUGUUUUAACGCGUAAUGGCAGCAUGAAGAAAAAAUAUUCAUCAGAUUUGUCGAUCGUUGAGAGCACUGCUAACGCUGGAGUCACUAUUAGUGAAAAAGCGCACACACUAGAACGAGCCAAGUCACAACAGACACGUAGGAGUCCGCGUAUUGUGAAAAACAAUUUUUCCGAACCCGAGGGCAGUCCUUUAGAGAAUGGGAUUUUGAAUGAUUCUUCAGACACCCAUUCAGUAUCAUCAACAAGUUUUAUAUCUGCAGUAUCAUCACAAGAAGACAUGGCGCUUGUUAAUCUUCAUAUGCAAGUCAACAAGCCGAUUGUUGACUCUCCGCUGCUUAUGUCUAGUUACGUAAGUCAUUUAACUCAAGUAAAGUGUUCCAAUUGGAGUCAAUCAUCAUUUACAUCAGCCAGUGAUGCCUUUACUACGCCCAUGUUUCGUAGAACUGAAGACGGCCGACUGGUCUACAUUGGCGGCCGAUUUAUACCGAAGUUUGAUGUCAUUACCGAGGGAUUCACUUCAUUGAAAAUGGUAACUCGUAAUGAUACGUCACCGAUGGCCAGUUCGUCAAAUAAAACACCGACUCAUCCUUAUCUCUGGGAUAAUUCAACGUUGAUACAAUCAGAAGGUGAAGAUGAUAACAAUACUCGUGAUGAAGAAGAAUUGCUAACAGUACAGCAUGAAACUGGUUCAAGUACUACUGUCAUUAUUAAAUUGAAAGGGGAUGUUGACAUCAUGAUAAGUCCGAUGGUACUGGAAUCACUUCAACGAUUCAUCGAUGUCAUUACGCCUACUCUUGCAAGCUUACAUCCGCUGACAAUAUUGAAUCAUCUUCACAGUGAAUGUAUUUCCCGUGUCGAAGAUGCUAAUAUUUUAAAACAAGACCAGAGUUUGUCAUACUGGAGUCAAGUGCAAACGAGUUCCAAACGAUCAACAGCUGAAAGAAAUAUUAAAAAUGGUCUAGGGGAUGAUAAAAAUAAAAUUUUACAAACAAAUGUUUACGAAGAAAGCAUAACAACCCAAAUGCAAGGGAGUAUUAUUUUACCUAAAAUAAAUAUAACACUUUUACAAGCUUCUGUAGUUGAAGAAAUAAUUUCUUUUUCUGCAUUAGACAAUAUCCGUGAUCUCACGUGUGUUUCACUUUUUGCGAUUUGUUUCGACGAAGUGACAGCACGAUUUUACAUCGGGAAACAAGCACGUGAAGUUGUCCAUACAUUUCAUAAACCCCCAGUGUUACCUAAUCAAAAAAAAGUUAACAAAAUAAGCAAAGCAUUUUUACCAGCACAUCAGAGUACUGCUGUCGUGACGGACAUCAGCGGAGGUGAGACCGUUUGGAUUGAAACAUCGGAGAAACAACAGGAAGAAAUAAUAGUUACACUUAAUAUUGGGAAAAUGCAUUCGCAAUUACGUCGGCUGAGAAAUGAGUCGUCGAUAUUAAAAGAUGCUGUCAUUACAGCGAUACCAGCACAUUACUCGCGGGUAUUAUUUACCUGUACGCGAAUAACAUCCCCGUUAAAAUGUAUUGACUAUUAUUUACAUCAGCCGACAGAUGACAAAGACAAACAGAGUAAUAAACAACAGGGACCGCCACAAGCCACUGAGGAGUUUACACUCGGAAGUGGAGAAGAUCGAUUGGGUUUCAUUAUGUUUGAAUGCGGUCUUGAGGGAAUUAAAUUAAAAAUAGUAAAAAGAUCGCAGUUUGAAAAAGGCGACAAUGGCCAUGAUGAUAAAAAAACAGAAACAGAAAUAUUUUACACUGACAGCGUUAAGAGUCAUGAUGAAGACAAUAUGUCAGCUCCUACUGCUACUACUGAACCGGAAGCUAAUACAGCUACAGCGAAUGCCACUGCAGCAAAUAAUCCCCAAAUAAAUCCAAGUGCUACAUCUACUAGUCUUGUAACGAGAGUUACUAAUGGUAAUACUGUAUCGUGUGUUAUUGAAUUGAAAACAGUUUGGUUUAAUUUUGCUGCACCACCACGUACUCCUAUAACACGGAAAAUAGAUUACACGCGUCUUGAUUGGAAUCUACUAAGCACGGCAUCACCAGCAAUAAAUGCCUGGAUGAAUCCCAGCAAUAGAUUUGCAAUACGUAUUGUUCAUAUGUUUCGUUGUAUGUACAGAAGAUCGACGGCUAUCGUUGCUUGUUUAAUGGCUGAAGCUUUGGAUGUUCAGGGUAUUCAUAUGCCCGUUAAAAGUCGGUAUGGAAGACUUACACCACUGGCCAAAACUCUUCAAGAAGAUCCUUCCUGUCAGCUGUGCAGCAUUCUACAAAAGUAUGUUCUGCUGUCAGAUUUAGACGCAAUCAAUGAUAAUCUUCGAGAGGAUGAAGUUCCACUUUUGUCUACACUUCGUCAAGGAGUUAUCGUCUUGAGUAGACAGUGGAAAAAUGUACUGUAUACUCCCCUUCUUCUAGAACACAAUUACAAAACGAAACAUGUGAAACCACUCAAUGUUACCUUCGCAGUCUCUGAUCCCGAAGACGAAAAUUUGCUGACUGACGGUGAAGGUAGUGCAGGCGACGGUGACGAUCAAGAGGUGACAGAUGAAUGCGCGAUGCUCAUCAACACGGAUCACAUUUACAAGCAUACUCAGGUCAAGCCUGGGCAGGACAAGAGUACAGGUGUUUGUGGUGGUGAUGGUCUGACAGUGCCAGUUAGUUCUCCACGUGGUCGAGAAACUAGUCCUUUGUCUACACCAAUACCCACUGGUCCAGAAUCACUAACGUCUCCCUCGCCACCUGUUGCAAAUCACAAACGAGGGAGAUCAUUGCAACCUACACAGGUACCCAUUAGCUCGCGGGCGAGUAUUGUAUUUCCAUUGCUCGCUAGCGGUGGCCUGUUCAAUCAGCCCCGGGAUCCUAAUAAUAUCAGCUACGGAACACUUCAGGAAGAAAAAACCCCACAAAUUCAGGUUUUGCAAUCCCAUAAUUUGGGUUCAAAUCCUAGUAUUUAUUCUGGAGGUCACAAUAGUCCGAAUAGUACUGGUAGUAUAGAUCAAAUAACAUCGCCGACGACUCAUCAAUCAACGCGACAGAUCAAUGCUGGAGAAGACUUGUACAGCUGGAUGGCAAAGCAACAGGAAUUUAUCAAAGACAAUGAUAAGAGUAAUCUCAAGGGAAAUUGGGAUUCAAAGAUAAAUACAAUGACAACGGAAGACACUGAAGAUUCAGAUAUACAAAGUGGCGCUUGUUUAUAUCCAAUGAAAGACUCGCUGCGUUUAUUAGACGCUCACUUAAUAUUUGAACCAUUGCUUUCAUCACUGUCAGUAAUGCCUCAGCAAAUGCUGUCAGCAAUUGGUUCCGGUAAUAUAAAUAACGUGUCAUCAUUAGAAUCUUUGGGGUCUAAUUUAUCCCUAGUCGGAACAAUGGAUACUAUGAGAAUAGAUAUCGUUGUCAGUGAAUUCGGUAAAGUUCCUGAUAAAAAGAAAGCACCAAAAUAUCAGCCGAGAAAAGGGUCGAAGUUUUUUCUCGACAUUCCAUCAGAAACUCCAGCGUUUUUGUGUGAAAAAAUUGGAAUCGAUAUUGACAUCAAGAAGAUGGCCGAUAUGACCGUAGAUGAUAUGAUUCAACGGCAAAAUGUCUUGUAUAUUUCCCGAGGGCAGUUGAAAAAACAUACGAGUACUGUUGUAAAUUUCAGCUUGAAUAUACGAUACAUAAGUCAGCAAGUCAACAUGCCGCUGCUCAGACUACUGCAUCAAAUAAGUAACAUGUAUCAAAAUGUUAAAGAAACGCAGAUGGAGUUGAAGGAACAGUUGCCAGAGACCAAGAGAAAUGAUAAUUUGACUGUAAAUGAUAACAAUAUUAAAAAUGGUUCUUCAUCAGCGUCAGAUCUUCAGGAUCAGCUUCAUCUAGGUGAUAGUAAUAUUGGUGGUAGCGGUAAAAAAAUUGAAGAAACUCUACUGCAAACGAGUUAUGACGUCAAUCAGCCAAAAGUUUUAUCACCAUCCUCGAGUAUAAGGUCGCGACCACAGAGUUUUGCUCAGAAAUUAAGAAGUACUGGUAAAAGUGUCAAAGGUUAUAUUAAUUUAAGUGAAGGUGUCAUUACUCCAAGUUUCGGUGCCAGUCCCAAUGGUUCUGGUCUAGAUAAAUUUAGCGUAUUGUCUGACAAGUGUAAAGACAACUCUAGCUUGACUCCUCGCUGCUGGAGAACAAUUUAUUAUUUAUUAGACUUGUAUGCCACUCGACCGGAAACUAAAACUAUCACCCAUCGGUUCUCGUUACCAGCUGAGGCAGUGGAUCAUUAUAAGAGUACACGUAAAUAUGACAAUUCAGCAGAAGCUAAAGAUGGAGACGUUGAAAAAGGUUUAAACAACGAGCCUGGGUUUACUUCAGCACCGGCACCAGCAGCACGCGAAAUGAAUGUCGUUACCGGCGAGCGCACGAGGUUAAUAAUUUUUGGCGUUGCUAAAAUUCACCGGACACGACUGCUCGCGACUCUGAGUGGUCUUAAAUUAGAAGCCGAAAUUACUAGUCUCCAUGCGAGUCUAACGUGUCGUAAAAAAUCCAAACCUGCGAGUCUGGAGUGCAGCUUAACUGGACAAAUAGGCAGGACAAUGAUCGUUUUGUUGGAAGGCGUUGCUCCAAAUCAGCAGACUGUUGUCAAAGUUACUGUAGGAAAAUCUCAAGCUCUUUAUUCGAGUGUAACACGUCGUCAGAAAGAUAAAAACAGUGGAUUAUUAACUGUCGGAGCAGUUAAUAUUGACAUACCUCAGCAUCCGGUUGCUCUUCAUGGAAUGAUGACACGUGGUAGCAAACAAUUGUCAUCAACAUUACAAGAAUUACGCGUCACGAGAACCUCAUCACGUAUGUCACGUCAACAGCAAGAAGAAGGCGAUGGAGUACCGGGUAGUCCACAUAAUUAUCCACCUGCGCCCUCAGUUGAUAUCGAAAAGCCACAACCGGGUCCCAGUCUUUUGGAACCCAUUGUAAUGCAAUUUCACAUUAUUUUACAGAGCUUAAGUAUAACUGCAGCACUUCUUCCGUCGCUUCAAGCCCAAUAUAAAAUGGAUCAAGUCAACAGCUCAGGUAUUACUGGUAGCAAAGCUAAAUUUACAAUAGAUCUACCUCACCAUAGUCUCAGUUUUACGACAAAACUUCAAGUUACCGAGGCUAAUUUGCCGUCUGAAGCCAGCAUUGAACUUCCGAAAGUUCAUGUAUCCGCAGAAUACAUCCAAGACGGCAGCAGUAGUUUGAACGACAGUAAAAUAGCUGAUGGUGUUGUUUUACGUCAAGGAAGUUAUCUCAGCGCUACUGCAGAUAUUGGAAUUUUUGAGCAUUCAUUGACGACAGAUUUACUAAAUCACUUGGUCUUUGUGCAAAAAGUAUUUAUGAAAGAAGUUAAUGAAGUUGUGCAAAAAGUUUACGGUGGCGAAAAACCCGUUCCCUUGUGGCUGGAAGACGAAGAACCUGCCAGCUCUAGUUUAAAAAGAAUUUUAUUUUCACUUGUUAUACGUAUCAAGAGGAUACAAUUGACAGCAACGACACCAACUAAUUCAGCAGUGCGGUUAGAAACUGGUACAGUUGAAUUGCAAUUGUCAAAUCGUGUACAGAAUGUAUCCGGUGCAGCUCAACCAAAUCCUUAUACCAAAUUAUUUGGUAAAGCUCAAGUUGAUAUAAAUCUUUCACUUGGACAACUGCUUAAAAAUGUUAUGUUUGAAGAAGCAGAACCAGAGUUUCAACAGUUUGCAUUUUUUAAUACACGUGUAGGCUUAAGAAAUGCAUUUCAAGAAGAAAUGGCUCAAGGUGCUGACAAAGAGGUUGUAUUAAUUACUCUUAAAAGACCACUUAUUUAUAUUCAACCCAUGGCUGUGGAUAAAGCGAUUCUCGUGUGGCUUAACUACAAAAAUGCAUACGAGUAUUGGAAUGAAAAGCGCGCUAAUUUAAAUAAAGAAGUACUGACGGCAACUCAACAAGUAUUUGAAAAAGUUCCCUUUGGACAAUUGACAAGUCAAUUGAGUUCGCCAAAUUUGGGCACUCUAUUUUUACAACUUACUGUUGAUGAUAUGGGAAUUUGUGUUCCUUUAAACCCACUACCGCCAAAUAAUUGGGGAAUGACACGGGGUCUUUAUGAUGGAGAAUCACGUGGUGCUGUUGUUGUUACUUUGGAAAAUACGAGUAUAUCAGCGUGUAGUAGUGGUAGUUUAGUUAGCAAAGCUAGGUUUGUUGGUUUUUGUUUGAGAUUUGCUGAAGACUUUGAGACGUCGCUAGAUGACUGGAAACCUGACAUGAAUGACAGCAGUAUUAUGAAUCUGUGUGUGGUUUCUGAAGGGACUUAUGAAGUGUGCAGUCGAACUAUCGCACAAAAACAAGACAAAUCAGACAAUGCCAAGUGGUUAUUAAACGUUCAAUGGCAGAUGGAAGGUGUUGACAUCCAUUUUGAUGUAAGUGUUGGUCAGCAGUUAUCAGCCCUCGGACAUACAUUGACAAUGCUAACUGGCUCUGAAGAAGACGAUGCUAAUAUAUCAGCAGAUUACGACAGCGACGAUGGGGACCAACCAGAAAAUGGAACUAGCCAGGUUAAGAAAAAAGAGAGUAUACUGAUUAAAAAAUCAAAGAACUGGACUGACAAUUUGCCUGCAUUUGUGUUCGACCCUUCAUUGGAUGCCAAGAAAAGAUCUAAAUUAAUAGAAAAAGAAAUGAAUGAGCAGGCAAAGAUAAUAAAUGACUUGCGAUCACUGGGAGCGUCUCACGGCACGAUCGAGCAAGAAAUGAAACGUCUGCACGAGUUAGAAGCGAUGGUCUUCAAAGAUUUCCGCAGGGACAUGAUUCAAAAGUUGAGAAGACAGUCGGUAAAAGCUUCGGGUAUAAAAGGAAAACUUGGACUCGGUAACAAACCCAAUGCCUACCGCUCACGGUCAUUUAUAGUGCCGUCUCCAACGCCUGAACAUCAGUUAGAAAGUCCUGAAGAUUUGAACACUGAUAUAAAUUCGGCCAAUUCCGCGAGUUAUGAAAGCAGUCCGCGGAGUGGUCCAAGUCGCUCGGCGUCUUUGAGAGUCCGUGGACUCGGCGGUCCACGUGUCACAUUCAGUGAUACUCACACAAUGUGUCGUCAGUCAUCAUUGCCAAGUGCAAGCUCGGAUUUAAGUCUACCUGAGGGCGAUCUAGAGUGGCCGGAGACACUGGACAUCGAAGGGGAACAAGUCGAGCUAAGAAAGAAGCAUCGCGACAUGAGUUGCACUUCCAGCUAUGACAGUAUGGAAGGCAAUGCUCCAUUACUUGAUUCAUUCGGCCGUGAACAAGCUUCAAUGACUUCAUCACCGCAUAUUGCGCCACAAAAACCCCAAGAACCAAACAUCGAUUUUGAGCUUGACGUCAAAGUAUUGAUCAACAGUGGAAAGUGUGUACUGCAUACCAAAGAUCCAGCAAGAGAAGAUGAACUAAAAUUACUCAGUAGAAUGAAGAAAGAACGAUCGUGUUCCGGUGGUAAUUUUGACUUCCAACCAAGUAGUCCUAGUAGCAGCAAAAAACAUCUCAGUAGCAAAGAAAAAUCAUCAACUGCCAGUACUUCACGUCUACGUUACAUGCAACAUGCAAGUGUUCCUCUUGUUGAUCUCACAAUAUUUCAUAUCCCUGGACUGGAUGUCAAAGUUCACUAUGAGUCAAAAACUCUUCCUGAAGAAUCUAUUUCACCGCGCACGUCUGCUGAGAGUAAUUUAUUGAAUCCACUGUCUGGUGUUACGGGUCUACGUAAACCUAGUACCAAGAAAGCAAGUUUAUUUGCUUGGAUGACUCUGCAGACUAUUCCUGAGGAGACAAUAAUCAGUCCUCAUAUUCUGGAGUUUUUAGAACAAACUCUUGAACCGAUUCCCAGUAAGACCAUAGCAGGAGGCGGUCAAGCUAGUACAGUAUUUCCACUGGACAAUGAAAGUUCAUCUUGGGCAGCGACUGCUGCCAGUGGAAAUUACGUCUAUGCCAGUUUUCCUGUUGACGUAAUCGUGUACUUUCAUAUGCAGCCUUCAACUUUUAGGUUCUCGUGUUUGCCUGUGUCACGUGUCGAGUGUAUGCUUCAAUUACCCUCACUGGAUAUUGUUUUUUCUUCAAAACGCGCUGAAGAAGAACUCACUGAAUUUCGUGACUUUAAAUCAGCGGCUGGUUCUUCUAGUCCAAGUGUCAAAGAAAGUUCAGCAAUCGGUGGUGUUUCUGUCACUGGAUGUCUUGCUGAUUUUUCCGUCUAUAUUUUUCAUCCAUAUGGCGGUGGUAAAAAAUCGAGCUUGAAAGAAGCGCAGUGGUCACCAUUAUCUGACAGCGAGAGAAAAGACUCAUUGAGUAUAAAUGUGGAAUUUGUUAAAUUUCAUUUAUCAAGAAGUAGGAAAAUAAAUUUUCAAAGUGAACCUCUUAAAAAAAGUAAUGAUACCAGUAGAGCUGUCAUAAGAUUUUCAACAAUAAUUGAUGUUGGUUCUGCAUCAUUUAAAUAUGACAUGAGACGAAUUACUGAAAUUCUUGCAUUUCCCAAGGCAUGGUACCGACGUAGUAUUGUACGGAGACUAUUUUUAGGCGAUUUAAAUUCUGGAUUUGCGUACUCUGAGGGUCAUAAUCCAACGCAGUCGAUGAAUAUGGAAGAGGCAGUGAUGGGUAGCUCAUUGUUGAAACAUCACGAUCGUCAUACUGGAGAUGUUUUGUCCAAAAGUGCACCCGAACGCAGUCCAACUUUGACGAGAGAUAAAUUGAGACUGAGUUUUGACAAUGAUAUGCCACGACAAACUCGACUAAAAGACAUUGGACGAGGGUGGAGCUUUACCUCAGACAAAGGACAAUCUGGGUCGGCAAUAAAAAAGCGCGAAUCUGCUUGGGAAACGUUGGUGCUAUUUGCUGUUAAUUUUACCCGCCUCAAUGUUCAUAUGAAUAUGGGCAAUGUUAUGGGAAAUGUCGCUUGGAUGACCAAAGAUUUUCGUUCUGACGGCAGACUAUCGAUAGGCAGUACAGGUCAUAAAAAUUUGUACAUCGGUAUUGGACUUGGUGGGUCUAGUUUGGAUGCUAAGGGUGGGUUUGUUGGUGGCACUAUUGAGUUAAGUAAAAUAGACACUUAUAUUCAUAUAAGAGAAGAACCAGGAACUGAACCUGAUCAUACACUUGGGUUAAAAUUAUUCGCACUGGAAUUGAGACUGGAUUAUAUGGGAACAAGUGUUCUGAUGACUCGGGUUUCUUCGUUGGACGUGACGCUUAGAGACGAAUGGAAGAUAAAUCGUAGCAAUAGUGGUGACGCUUUUAUGCCAACACGCAGACCUGCUGUGAUAUUUAUGCACGGAGAUCUUGGGUGGGAUCAAUUGCAAAUAAUGAUCAGCAAAUCGACAACCGCUGAUUUGUUAAAAAUGUUUUAUAAACUGGAUGAGUUCUUCAGUCAACAAUUUAAAAAUAGCAAGCGGGUGUUCAGUUCACUUCAGACGAAUAGAAAUCAGCGGGUUACAAGUAAUAGUUUUAAGAAACGAGGGCAGAGAAAGAUGCGAGGAGGAACUGGAGUCGAGGGUCCGUGGACUAUGAACCAGACUGCGAUGUCCGAUGCACGUCAUCAUCGACACUGGCAGCGAGUACUGGCUCAGGUAGCAGGACUGCAACUCGGAAGCUUACGAUUUUCCUUGCCGACCAACGGCACUGUCCUCGGUGGUACCAUGGAGUUACAUGGCUGUAAUAUAAGUCUCGCUUGUUUCCAUGGAAUAAACUUUAAAAGUAAAAGCUGGGCAUUAUUUUCACUUAAGGAACCAUGCAUUAGUUUUGCUACUGAAGCGCAAGAAAUACCGAGUGUUGAAUCUCCGAAUACAUGUGACGUUCAUGUUGUACAGACAUUGACAAUUAGUUUAGGACAACAACAAGAACAGCAUGCAAGACAUCUCUCAAUGGCGACUGUGUGUCGUCUAAGUCGAAGUGUUCUUUUUCCACCUCAAUUUAAAUCACUGCAGGAGUGGUUCCACUAUGCGUUUGCCAACAGUGAAAUUGAUGCAGUUGAUCGAUUUCCAUGCGUGGAACGCGAACGUUCCGAGACAACGGCUGACGGCAAUACAAGCCGCGGUAGAAGUACAUCAUCAACAUCUGGAAAACUUCAAGAACAUUCGCACACGCGUGAAGUUAUAUUCGCAUUACCUUCAUUGCAGCUGCAUCUCAAAACGGAGCAUUUACAAACAGCCAAAACACCGGAUGUCAUAAGUGAAAAACCACUGGUAGAGUGCAGCUUUAUCACGGAAUUCGAGGACCAUAUAUUUGUGACUGUAGAUGCAGAGGCAUUUUUCUUUUUGCACGAUCUCAUAACUUCUUAUCACAGCGAAAAAGAACGAGUGUAUGCAAUGCAAAGUGCAGGAGCAUCAAGAGCAUACAGCCCAGAUCCGCAGGAUAAAAAAGGUACCAAUGCAAGUACUUCAAGUGCUUCAACAUCAGCUACUUCAAGUAUGACAGAGGAUGAGAGAAAACGCAAACAAUUUGAUCCUGCUGAAAUGUUUAUCAAGGAUUGGCGAUCUUACAGAUGCAAAACGUGGCAUUUAGAGCCAACUGUCAGACUACUCUCGUGGGCUGGAAAAAGUAUUGAACCAUACGGUAUUGAUUAUAUACUACAAAAACUAGGAUUUGCACAUGCACGGACGACAAUUCCCAAAUGGAUACAACGUGGAUUUAUGGAUCCACUUGAUAAAGUACUAGCAGUUCUUAUGUUAAGAAUGGUGAUGGCUGUACGUGAAGAUCCUUCUGAUAAUAAUAAGUAAAAUAAGUGAACUUGUAAUGCUACAUUGCCUCUAAAAAACAUUUACUUUAAAAAAAAAAAAAAAUAAUAAUAAUAAUAAUAAUAAUAAUAAUAAUCAUAAUAAAAAUAAAAAUAAAGACACAUAUACACAUGUAGCGAAUUUUAUGAGCAACGACUAAACACGUGUAGUCUUUAUAUAUUUAUCUUUAGUACAUACCAAUAUUAGGUGCAAUUAUAAAUUAAUUACAUUGAGAUAUGAUCAAAUUUAUCGAUGGACUACUUAAUAUAUAUUCUCAAUGAAUUAAAUAAUUCAAUAUAUAUAAAUUACUAUUAACAAAAUGAAUGAAUGUAUAGAAAAUAAUUUCAUACUUGCGAAUGAUAGUUAAAAAAAAUUAUUAAAAUUAUUAUUAUUAUUAUGAUUAUUAUUAUGUAUGAAUGAUAGUAAUCAAUAAGCGAUUUAUUAUUGCUAGACAAUUCGUCCAUUCGUUCCGUUCUGAACCUAUAACUCAUGGACAAAAUAUUUAAUAGGUCAAUAGUACCUCUCAUAUAUUAUAAAUAUAUAUUAUGCAUUCGAACAAAAAAGAAGAAAAAAAAAAAAAACUAAAUAACAUAACACCGAUAAUCGUUGUACAGAAAGAGCAAAUUAUUAUAUUAAUUAAAAGAAUAAUUAUUACAAAAAUUAUAAAAUAAUUUUUUUUUAGUUAGAUUAAUGCUGGAUUUUGUGUAUAUGUUUAUUUUUUAUAAUUAAUUAUAACGACGUAUUUAAAUUGCAUCGAAGUCGCAUAAUUAUACGUAUUUAAUAUAAAUGUAUAGUUUUUUUUUAUUGAUUAUAAGUAAAAAUUAUCUUUUUUUAGCAAUUAAAUAUCGCCCACCGAUAUU